AUGAAGGAUGGUCAGCAGAAGCACGCUGCCUCCAUACGAUAUCCCUUCUGGUUUGGAGGCAGCGCAAGUAGCAUGGCCGCAUGCGUAACCCAUCCAUUGGACCUGGUCAAGGUCCGACUACAGAUGCGCACCGGCAGUAUGCCAUCAAGUAUGCUGGGAACCUUCCAAUACAUCGUCCGGAAUAACGGGUUCCUAGGCCUCUACGCCGGUCUGUCUGCCUCCCUCCUCCGGCAGAUCACAUAUAGUACCACGCGCUUUGGGAUAUACGAGGAGCUCAAGACCCGACUGACCAAGAAGAACAACGGCAAACAGCCCUCGUUCCCCGUCCUUGUCGCCUUGUCGUGUACGUCUGGAUUUAUUGGUGGCAUAGCAGGUAAUGCAGCAGAUAUCACCAAUGUCAGGAUGCAACAUGAUGCCGCCCUGCCGCCCGAGAAGAGGAGGAAUUACAAGCAUGCACUGGACGGCAUGCUGAGGAUGGCGAGGGAAGAGGGCUUACUGUCAUGGUUUAGAGGCGUGCUGCCCAACUCGUUAAGAGCCGCCGCCAUGACGGCCAGCCAGCUGGCAAGCUACGACACGUUCAAGAAACUGCUGAUAGGGCAUACGCCCAUGACGGACAAUCUCGCGACACACUUCACGGCCUCGUUCCUGGCUGGGGUCACGGCCGCGACGGUGACUUCUCCCAUCGACGUUGUGAAGACGAGGGUCAUGUCUGCAAGCGGGAAGAGUAUAAACAUUGCUGCCCUGCUGAAGGACCUUUUUGCAAGUGAAGGCCCGGCGUGGAUGUUCAAGGGCUGGGUUCCCAGUUUCCUGCGACUCGGGCCGCAGACGAUUUGUACAUUCAUCUUUCUAGAGAUGCACCGCAAGGCAUACAGAAAAAUUGAGGAUCUGGCUGAACCUCAGUAG